GGAACUCCCAGAGCUCAGGGCACCAAGGGUGGCAGGGUGAGUCAGGAUGGAGGGACAUCUUCCUCUGAGAUGCGUGAGAGCCACAUGCCCGGGCCCCAGCUUCACUUUCUGGGUGGUGGACAUCAUCUUGCCGAUACUGUGUGGUGUGGGGAUCUUCCUCCUGAUACUCCCCUGUCUCAAGAGUGACCCAUCCUCACCACCUGCUAGAAACAAGAACAUCAGGAAGAGUCCAGCACAAAGAAGGAGGGAGAGCGGGAGCCGGAAGAAGAGUGUUGCUCUGAAAGCCUGUAGGGAAUUUCUGAAGGAAGUAGAGGAGGCAUCGGGCCUGAUUGCACCUCUUCAAAGCCCCCAGGGCAGAACCCCUGACAAGAACAGAGCUCUGCAUCUUUUAUAUCAGGACUCCCUUGGAGAGGAGUACCAACCACCAUUGACUGUUGCUUCACCCACAACCUUGACGCCACUGACUUCCUCAGCUCCUUUGGUCCAGGCUCCUUUGCAUCUAUCCUCUUGCCUGUCACAGAUAUCUCAUGAAAUCCAGUCUGAUUUACAGAGAAUCCCAGUGGGCCCUAUUCCAGAAAACUCUCCUUCCGGUAACUCCUAUCUGACCUCUCACAUCAUGGCCAUCUCAGGCCUGAGCUGGUUAAGUGGUUUAUUUUCACUCUUCUGGUGGUGGGCAGCUGCCAAGACCUUGCUGCUCUGUGCUUCACUGCCUGGCAGAGCCCAACAAAAGAAUCUCUGCCAUCAUUCACCAGAUGCCUCAGGCUGGGGAGAUCCCACACGUAGGCAAAUAGAAGCUGGCGCUUCCUCUUUCAUCAGCUCUGAUGUUCAAAAGUUGCUAGAGAAACUCAUUUCCAAGAGAGUAGAACAGAGAUGGGAGGGAAAAUACACUGAGGAGUCAUUUCUGAAAGAAACGUGCCCAGAUUGCCAUCUGACUUCUCUGAGGACUCUUUUGCAGUCACUGAGUGACAAGCAGGGUACCACCAUGUUACAGCCAUCGUGCAGAAUAAAAAAGAAACCAGUGCAGCUGCCAGGUGCUCAGCAGAUCUCUUACCCGAAGGUCUUUAGAGAUCACUUGGAAAGUGAAUACAGCCAGCUCUUCUGGGGCCUCCCCUCCCUGCACAGUGAGUCUCUGGUGGCUAAUGUCCAUGUAUCCACAAAGUCUCUCAAGUUACGAAAUCCCUCAAUUAAAUUCAAUGUCGGCUCUAGUCCAUCUCCAGGUCACAGUCAUGCCAAAGACACUAUGUUGGGCCAAUCCUUGCCCAAAGGUUUGUCCUACCCAGGUCAGAGACAGAUACCAGAUCACGUCCCAUGCUUUCCCCCCACAAAAACAAUGUUGUCUCCAUCUGAUGGUAGGACCUGCAAAACGUCCUGCCCUACAUCCCAGCAGAGGGCACGAUCUAUCAUCCCAGUUUAUAAUGAACAAAUGGAAUGGCCCUUUCAGAAGCCAGACAAACUGAGAAGGGCCUUAAUUUCUCAUUGCCAAAAAUCUCAAGAAGUCACUGGCCAAUCCACUCCCAGGCUUCCCCAUGGAAAUCAGGACUAUACUGCAUCCUACUGGACAUCUCAGGAGAAGCCACCGUCUGUCAUCUCCACCAAAGCUCGAAAAAUGGAACAGCCCUUGCAGAAGCAGCAGAAACAGAGAAAGGCUUUAGCCUCUCAUCUCCCAAACUCACAGGAAACCACUGGCCAACCCACUGCCAGAUUUCUCCAGGACAGCCAGGCCUCCUACACAUUCAAGACUUCCUCUGCUCUUCCUGGCUAUUCUAUCAGCACUAAGCUCCGGGACCCACAAAAGCAACAGAGUCAGAUGAGAGUCUUCAAAGAUGAACAUCAGGAUGGUGCCCUCUACAGGGCUGGAGCAUCUUUGGAAGUAGUGCAGCCUAAGGGAAAAACCUUACCGGUCUCCAAGUGCCAAACAAAGGACUUCCAUCAUUCCUGCCAAUCCAAUCCAUUUACAGGUAUACGCAGCAAUGAAGAACAGCUGAUGGGAUCCAUGCGUUCCAGAAGAAUUUUUGGCAAGGGUUCAGUAAGAUUCAAACUAGACAAGCCAAUCAGAAAUCUAGGACAAGAAACAAAUUACCCAGAAGAUCUAGUUUGGGGUCCUGGAAGUACUUCAACGAGGUUUCUGGAGAGUAGGAAAUCAGAAAGGUGCUUGGCAAGACCUGGAAAGGGUUUCUAUGAAACGUUUAUAGCUGGGGGUUUAAACAAGAAGUAUAUUGAGAAAACCCUGAAAGCCCAUUUGGGCAGGAAGUUGGGUCAAAUUCAUGAGGGCAAGAUACCUGUGAAAGUGCGGCGAUCCUGGUUUGCAGUCAAUUGCGCUUCUCCCAAGAUUUAUAUCCACCCUAAAUCCAGAAAUCUAGCCUCUCCUAAAGGCCAGAAGUGCUGUAUAAACACCUCAAGGGAGCUUUCAUUCCUUGACCCACUUACUCAACAGAUGCUAGAAACACACAUUAUAAGGUUCAGAGUGAGGCAAAAGUGGGGGCUACACCUUCAGGCUCUUGAGCCUAAAAAUCUCAGUCUAGGUGUGGUUCAAACUUUGCCCCUUCCACAGUCAACCUUGCGUCAGUCUGGGGCCAAGCUGAAAGCCAAGGCUACUGGCUCCCUGAGAGAACCUACUUGGAAAGAUCCAGGAAAGAAGAUGAUGACCAAAAAAUCAGUUCCCAUGCUGAAGAAUUCCCCAUUUCCCCCCUCACCUGCCCCAAAAGAAGUCAAGAGGACCCUGAGAAUGACUUCAUUUGGCAGUAACCUUAGGCCUCCAAUGACCCCUCAGACUGGACAGCAGGGCAGACUACCUGCUCAGCCCCUCACUUACAAACUUCCAGGAAGAUCCAGCGAGAGUCAUGCUGCACAGGGAACCGGAAGGGAUGGCCUGGAAGUGAGCUCAAGGCAGGUCAUGGCCAAGUACGGGGCACAUAAGCAGACAAGAGAUGUUGCAUUGUCAGACCCUUGCUGCAGCACAAGCAUAUUGGUGACCAAGGCAGGAUCCCCACCUCCAAGAGCCGAAGAGACCAAAGGCCUGGCUAAAGAGAAAGUCUCCUCUUGGGAAGUCUCUGUGGAAACCAGCACGGCAGCACACUCCCACGUCAAUGUGAGCCUGAAGGGUGUCGAGUCUCUGGGGAUGAAGAAAACACCCUAUGAAAAUUCCAAUGGCCAGUAUGCAGGACAGCCAUGCAUGAAAAGACUGAUUACUAAGGAACUGGAGCUCCAGGUGGAUGUGGAGUCAGAGAACCAGCCUCAAGACAUGACCACUAGUACUGUUCAGCAAGACCAGCUGCCUUUGCUGCUGUCUUCCACAGCCAUCUCAGCAUCUCAGGGCCCACUGGGCAUCUCAAAGAGUGUGUCCACUGAUGACAUGCUAGCUUUGCAGGGGCUUGGUGAGCCUCUAUCAAGGGAAAGAAGCAGCCAGGGACAAGAACCCCAAAUCUCCAAAUUGAAGGUCCCACAGAAGAGUGUGAGCAAGACAUUUGGUCCUCCUGACAAAAGAGAGAUCUGCAGGAGACCCAAACCAGCAGAGAAGGAAGAAAGGGCCACAAGACAGAAGAUCUUAUCUGCCCAUGGGAGGAGUCUUCCUGCCCAGGGCAGGGAUACAGGACACACCCUCGGGAGUAAGUCUUCCCCACUCCUGCCAGGAAGCCAAGCCAAGAAUACGGUAUGCAUUAGUCCCACCACAAAAGGCAAAGAGAAGACAGAUUUUCUACAAAAUGUGAAGCCCGCAUCUACCAUUGCCCGGAGCAAGGGGACCGUCAUAAGUAGAUAUUUUGUGGAGAAGAAGGAGCAGGAGGCUCGGGCCAUCAUGACAUUUGUUGCCAAGAUCCUGGCAGACAAAUUGCGGCUUCAUUAUGGACAUGGUUCCUUAGAGUUAAGUUGGGCUAGGGAGGAUGCCGAAACCGUGGUGGGGCGACAUUCAUGCAACCGUGGGGGUCCCUUGUACCUAGAACACAGGAAAGCGGUGACAGAAAUGGACUUUGGCCACAAAGUCACUCCCAAAGACCAGAGAUACGCCAUCAAGAAUAAAUAUACUAAAGACAGGGAAAGCAACCGGGGUGCCUCACCCAGGAAACCUGUGUCCCAAGCCAGUCCCUGCCAGUUCAGAAGUACGGCGAGUGCCCCUGGUCACCUUCACCAUUACUCAUCAGAGAGGGGCGUUGAAAGAUGUGUCUUAUCUCAUCAGCCAGGACAUGUUUCUCACCCCUUUCCUGGUGCAAAAGCUUCUCUACUAGAAAGAUGUCAGUUUGUGCGGAGAAAAAUUGUUUAG